UUGGUACGAGGUGGCAUCUAUGAAGGAACAACGAUGCGGUGCAGCAUCUGCUGUGUUGAAUGAUCAAAUGUGUGUAACAGGAGGAUGUGGUGGUAGUAAUAUAUUAUCAUCAGUUGAUUUAUACAAUCCAGUGGUGAAUACAUGGACAAACAUUGCUCCAAUGAAAACGGAACGAUGUGAACAUGCUCUUGUUUCUUAUAAUGGCCGCUUGUUCGCAUUUGGUGGAGUUAUUGGUAAUCCGAUUGGUUUGGAGUCAAUGGAAAGUUACGAUCCAAGAGAAGGGAAAUGGAAAUCACUAAAACCAAUGAAUAAGAAAAGAUCUGCAUUGUGUGGUGUUGUUUACAAUGAUGAGAUUUACGCCAUUGGUGGUAUUGGAUUAAAAAGCGUAGAGCGGUAUAACAUACGAACCAACACUUGGACCAAUGUUAGCAGCUUGAACCACGUGCGAGAUCGUUCUUGUGCUUGUGUUGUGAAUGGGAAGAUAUACGUCAUUGGAGGCAAUGGUGUUGAUGCAUCAAGAUCAAUUGAGGCUUAUGAUGGAACAAUCAAUGAAUGGAAGAUUGAAACCAACAUGGAGACAUCAAGACAUAAUGCAUCAGUUGUAGCUUUGUAAACAAAGUGAAAAAUUGUUUUAAACAAGCUUUUCCGCUUCAUACAUUUACUAAUUAAAAGUUAGUGCCAUACUUUCAUUUAUUACAUCACAAUUCACUCUAUGCACUUUAAAUGUGUUCCAUCAACCAUAGAAGUAUAAACAAGGCAACCAGAUCAAGCAAAUGAAUUUAUUUCAAUCUGAGAAAAAAAUGUUUCUAACGGAGGUGUUUUUCUUGGUUUAAACAACUUGUGUUCUAUAUUUUACUUGUAACCAUUAACUGUGGUUGUUCUAAUGUGUUUGAGCUUCCUGGCAUUUGAUGUUCUUUCCAUGUAUAUUGUGAUAAAUGAACCACACAAGUUAUCAGUGGGGACAUCCUGGGGUGAUAACAUGGUUUGUCAAGACAAUUAUCAACAAGUAUGAUAAUCACAACCCACAAACCAAUCUAUGCAUUUCAAUUCUGAGCUCUUCCAGAUAAAUCUAACUUUAAACAAUUUAUUUUGUAACUGUGUUGUAUAAUAUUUUUUUAAUGAUUGUUUUCCCAUAGUGCCAACAUUUUAUAAUCAAUAUUUGUAGAAAUCACUUUUAAGUAGUAUGUAUAUACAUAUUUUAGCUUUUCUUAAUUUCCCCAUCACUAUCCUGUCUUUGCAAUUAAAUUGUGAACUCAUUGUUUUAAUUAGAGUGUUGAAACAACUGGUAAUAAAACUUGAUUUUAUAUUUGUUAAUAUACAGUGUCAGAAGCAGUGUUCGCACUAAUAAUUCGCACAAAACAUGAGAUACGGCAUAAUGUAUGGUAAAUAUGUGUGAUAAAAAUUAAGAUAAAAUGAAAAACAAUUCAUUUAAUAAAACAAACAAGGUAUGUGAUUAUUAUUCAUAAGAGAAGAGAUGGAAAAUAUUCAGUAAUAAUAAUAAUGGUUUUUUCAACAACUACCGAGUUUUUAUAAACAGUAUUUAUGUGGAUGACAUCUCAGUGAUGAUAAAAUGUGAUUAUAAAUAGUAACUUCUGGAUGCUAAAGCAUUUCUAGAUUUUUUAUCAUUGUUCUGUUUAUGCAAUUAAAUGGUACUCAAUGUGCACCACCAUAUUUUAUGAUAAAUUUUAGUCAAAAGUUUAGUUAUACUGUUUUUUUAUCGACUUCCCAUUAAGGAACUCAUUUGGUUAAUAAUUUUUUCUAUGCCAUUUUGCUAGAUUAUGUCGUUACAGAAUCUUGAUAAAUGUUCGAAGUUAACCAGAACGGUGUUCCGGUAGUUGUGAGAUAAUUUAAACCCAGAUUGCAAUAAAUUUAAUUGCCUAGCUAUCUGAAUUAACUUAUAGUUCCAGAAGCUCUGGUCUUACAAAUUUAGCCAUUGCUUCUAUAUAGAUGUUGAAAAAUUAAGAUAUUCCAAUUUGGAAGGUGUUCACGCUUCUUUGUAUUGAGACUUAUUUUAUGUGCAAUCUUUUUCUUAUUUUGAUCUCAAAACUUGGUGUCCAUGAUUCAUACUAGAUUUACAUUACAACUUAUUUGUCAUUUCAUUUCUCUGAAUUCUUGAAAUUCAACAUUUCUUUUGCGGAUCGUAAUAAAUAUUUUUUCGUGAAAAUAA